UAUGGAACUUCCCUCUUUUUGAGGCUACAUGCCAAGACCUUUGUUUGAUCUAAUUCCUGCUCGCUGGUUAGACAUAUUAAGCCUAUGUUGAUGCGGAAAGGGAAUGUGAGAGAAUCUAUGAAGAAUCAGGGAAGGUUGACAGGAAAAGAGAGAACAAGAGAGAAUGAUAGAAAAUGGGUAGGGGAAGGUAAGUAGUAGUCUGGAUGUGAGUGUGUAGAGAACCGUGAAGUUCGAAAGGCAACAUCAGCCAUCUCUGUGUGGGAACAGAAGAAUCUGAGGGUGGAGGGUAGUAGGCAAGAGGAGAAAAAGCAGCCAGUAAGACGCAACUUAUGGAUAUGAGGAGCAGGAAACACCAUGAACUGGAGGGUCGUCUUGACAACAUGCUUUCUCGCAUAGCCAGGGAGACAGAGGAGAUCAAAGACCUGGAGCAGCAAUUCACAGACAAUCAAAUCCUGGCAAACAACGUUUUACAGAAAGACCUGGAAGGUAUCAUCACAGGGCUGAAGGAGUACCUGAGGGGAGUUAGAGACCAGGCAUACAAGGCACAGGAACAUUGCCAGAAGUUACAGAAGGAAAAUGAAGCACUAAUGCGUCAGCUAGAGUGCAGUCAACACAACCUCAGCCAACUGGAGACCGCAGCCAAGGCCACACAGACUUGCCAGAAGAUGGGAGAGCUAGAUGCCCUGCUGAAGGGCAAUGCUGCACCGAGGGAGUCUCAGGGCAAGAUGUGUGCCUAUGAGGCAGAGCUGGAAAGCCAGCCGCUGGAGCACCACAUGCAGGCUGGCCAACUCAAAGAGGAACUAGAGAGACUCCACAGGCGCAGCCUGGUGAAGCAGACUGCUCUGCAGCUAGAGUUAGAGAAGGAGCGGCAGGCAAAGCAGGACAUCUUGGCCCAGGUGCAGCUGGCUACACAGAGGGAGCAGAAGGUUGCAGACCUGCAGAAGCCGCUCUCUUCAUUGAAGCUGUCCACAGAGUUUCACAGAGAAACAGAACUGCAGGGUCUGAGGGAGAAGCUUGGCAGGCUGGAGGAGGAGCUAGAGAAAGCGAACAGGCUGCAGGUGGAGGUGUCACUGCAGCUAGAGCAGAGCCAAGAGGAGAGGGAUUGUCUGCUGGCUGUGCUGGAGGGCCACUGCAGUCAGGCAAGGAUGGCAGAGCAUGAGAGCCAGCAGUACAUGAGGAGUCUCAACAGGCUGCUAAGGAAGAUCAAAACGGACAUGUCCUUAGCUGACAAGAUAGCUGCCCAGCAGCUGACUACUGCUACUGACCAGCUCAGUUCUCUGCACCGCACUGUUCCCAGGAUAUACAUGGAGACUCAGUCUCAGCCUCCGAGUCCAGCCAACACAGACAGAGUUGCGCCAGCAAGCCUUCAUCCUGUGGUACCUCAGUCCCCUCCGAUGCAUCUGUGGGGGAAGAUGACCCAGUUAUUUUGAGAUGAUCUCAUUAUUGUUUUACUUAAUAAAUGUUUUGACAACUUGA